AUGGGAGUUUACCGUCUUAUUCCUUUUAUCCCUGCAGAGCCAACGGGAGUCAAACACUGCUUUCAAUGCUCUGCUGACUGUCUUUCUCAUCCCCUUGGUACUUUUUCAGACCUGCAGCUCCCAGUUGUCACCCCAGAAUGCCCUGGCCGGCCUGGGCUGCCAAGGCCCAGCACCGCAAGCAACGUGUCCCAGGGCAGCGAGAGCACUGACAGGACACGUACAGCCCAUCUGCGGCACUGGUGGAAGCAGAGCACGAGCAUGCUGCUGAAUCAGGAAUCAGCUUCACCAGACCACAAGGACAUCCUUAAAGCUCAAGACCUUUCUGUCAUCAUCAAAGCAUAUGUGCUUGUGACAUCCUUAACACCUCUGCGGGCAUUCAUUCAUUCAACCACCACUGUCUGGCAGCCAACCAAGAAGAAGCACUUUACUGUAAAGCUGCAGACGUUUUUUGAGAUGUUCUUCAAAAGCAGUUCUCCCCAACAAGCCUUCAACAACAUGAAGGAAGCUAUAAGCAAACUUCUACUUAUAACUGAGGUCUUCAGUGAAUCAUCUGCCUCAGGACCAAGUUCUUUCAAUCAAUGCAGCCAAUGUUUUCAAAUGCUAACCUUUGACAUUGGGUUCGGCACCUCCAUAUACCCAGUAGUUCUUGAGGUGCAUGAAAACUUUGAUUUUCAAGAUGAAGAUGAAUCAAAUAUUCAGGACCAAACUUUCAAAGAGUUUCUUUUUGAAGAUACUUUUAAAUUUCUCUUAUCUAAUGAAUCCUCAACAUCCAGUUUCAUAGAAACAUUACAAAAAAUAUAUGGAGCAGCUGUGAGAAAGGAUGGAACUUACCACAGAGAAGAUGAGCAAUGUUUGUCUUUAGAAGAGAUAAAUUCAAUGAUUACUUUCAUAAAGGAGCUGAAGAGUCUUGGACAAUUUGAGCUGCUUUUCCCUUCUGCUGCACCCAAGAUUCAAACUUUACUGCGUGACCUUUAUCACACGGUAGACCCAAUGAUGCGGCUUGGUUCAGUCCUGACUCUGCAUUGGUUGCUUUCCAGUUUACUUGAACAAUUCCAGUUCAUGACUAAAGAGGCACAUACAAAUCUUUCAGAAUGGAAUUCUUCUCAAGAAACUGCAAGUCCUAAGCAGAAUGUUCCUUCUAACUUCAGGAAGAAUCAUGAGGCAUUACAUUAUUCCAGUAAGACUAAAGAAAGACAAUGCAGUUAUGAUAAAGAUACCCUAUCUCAUAUCAGGCAGAUCUUCACCAGUCCACAGCUGGACUUGAAUCCUCAGUUUAUCCCAAAGAUCAAAGAAUACUACGCAGAAGUCCCAUUUGACAUGGUCACAGUGAAGAUAGGAGCAGAACCCUCUAACUGUCAAUGCCAAGUACACCUUGAUGAGAAGAAAGGGCCAAGCAUUGCUAACUACCCCCUUGGCCUUGGAUUGAACAAAAUCAUCAUUCUUGUAACAGAUGAUUCACAGCCCAGCCCUCAGGUUGUGAGCAGCUAUAAAAUCACAAUUUAUCGAGAAGACCGUCCUAGUCUGCCUUUAUUUGCUGACUAUAUGAUGUGUGGGUUUGUGCAGGACUGUGGUUCUCGAAUUCGCCCAGAGGAGUCGUGUGGCUUGCAGCCUCUGUCUCAUGAAUACCUCUCAGCAAUUUCACAGACAAUGUUUAAGACCUGUGAAGCUGGAGACACAAAAGGGCAGUGGAUUGUCCCUUGCCUCAGCUGCUCUGACAACAGGACCUGUGACUGGAGAGAAAUAACGUGGCAGCCCCAUGGCUGCCGAUACUCUGUGCUAGCCAAGCCUGAGCUCCAGCGCUGUGUGGAGGGCAGAAGGAUUCUUUUUAUAGGUGACUCAACUAACAGAGGGAUGAUGUACUAUCUAAUAGAAAGAGUGAAUAAGACUCUUCAGGAAUGGCAGAAGACUCAUGAUGUUAAAUGUUAUAAUAAUAUCAAUGAGGGGAAAACAUUUAUCAGUUACUCCUACUACCCCCAGUUUUGGAUGAAUGCAAACCAGAGACCAACUUUUGAAAAAGCCCUAGAACAACUGCUGCAGAGAUCACGUCCCCUGGAGAACACAGACCAGACCGUAUUAAUUGUAGGUGGCGUUCAGUGGCUUAAUUCCAAUCAUCUGCAAAUUAUCCAAAAGGUGUUGAACAGGGAAAAUCUAUCAAAUAUCCUGGUAAUUAUCAAAUCCAUAGGGAUGGGCUUUCACCUCCCAGUGGAUGGAAUACAUUCUCUAUCACAGGCAGAAGUGCAAAACUUGUGGAAUGAAAACUUGAUUAUUCUGGAUAAAGCAAAAAACUUUGGCUAUGAAGUGGUUGACACCUUUGUCAUCACCAUGGGACGCUACAAAGAAUUCCUGCAAGGGAAGUGUGGCUGCCAUUUCCAUGAGGUGGUGAAAUCCAACCCCUCUGAAGAAAGUCCGCACAUAACAAUGACGUUAUCAAGGCACUACACACUGGGGAAAUAUUUCGGCAGUCAAAGCAAGCCAUCACAACUGCAGGACUAUGCAGCAAAUUCUCAGUCCCCAUAUCAUGUCCGAGGUCCAAUAAAUCAAGUUUAUUCUGAAAUCCUUCUCAGCAGGCUCUGUGCAAGUAAGAGGGAGCUUGUCAGCACAUAG